GGCCGUAGGUGAGCGCCGGGAGGGCGAGAGGACGGCAGGGCGGCCAUGGCGGGGCCCGCUGCCCCCGCCGCCCGCUGGAAACGCCAUAUUGUGCGGCAGCUGCGGCAGCGGGACCGCACGCAAAAGGCUCUCUUCCUGGAUCUGGUGCCGGCCUAUAACCGUCUCCUAGAGAAGGCUGAGCUGCUGGACAAGUUCUCAGAGAAGCUGCAGCCAGAGCCAAAUGAUGUCACUCCUGCCACCCACCAGGGCCCCUGGGAGAAGGACUCAGGGCCUGACUCAGACCAAGUCCCAUCACUGGCCACUCUGAGGGUGAAGUGGCAGGAGAAGGAGGAGGGGCUCCGGCUGGUGUGUGGUGAGAUGGCCUACCAGGUGGUGGAGAAGAGCGCAGCCCUGGGCGCCCUGGAGUUGAAGCUGCAGGAGCGGCAAAGCAGGCUGGCGGCGCUGGAGGCCCGCUUGGCGCAGCUGCGAGAGGCGCGGGCGCAGCAGGCCGGGCAGGUGGCGGAGCUUCAGGCGCGGAACGCGAAGCAGCGGGCGGCCUACGAGGCGCUGCGCGCGAACACCGGGCUCCAGGAGGCGACCCUGCGCGGGCUCCAGGAGCAGGCGCGCGACCUCCUAGAGCGGCUUGUGCAGCGCAAGGCGCGCGCCGCCGCCGAGCGCAACCUGCGUAACGAGCGCCGGGAGCGGGCCAAGCAGGCGCAAGUGUCCCAGGAGCUGAAGAAGGCUGCCAGGCGGACCGUGAGCAUCAGCGAGAGCCCAAGCACCCUAGGCAGCCGGAUCAGGGAGGGGGCUGAGGCCCUGGCCCUGGCCCUGGCCCCUGAGCCGGAGUCUCUGGAGAGAGAGACUUGUGAGAAGUGGAAGAGGCCCUUCAGGUCUGCCUCAGCCACCUCCCUGACGCUAUCCCGCUGUGUGGAUGUGGUAAAGGGGCUUCUGGAUUUCAAGAAGAGGAGAGGUCACUCAAUUGGGGGAGCCUCUGAACAGCGAUACCAGAGCAUCCCUGUGUGCGUUGUCUCUCGACUUCCUACCCGGGCUCAGGACGUGCUGGAUGCCCACCUCUCUGAGGUCAGUGCUGUUUGUUUUGGCCCCAGCAGCAGCCUCCUGGCCACUGGAGGGGCUGACUGCCUUAUCCACCUCUGGAACAUUGGGGGAGGUCGCCUAGAAGCCAACCAGACCCUCGAGGGAGCUGGUGGCAGCAUCACCAGUGUGGACUUCGACCCCUCGGGUUCCCAGGUUUUAGCGGCUACUUACAACCGGGCCGCCCAGCUCUGGAAGGUGGGGGAGGCACAGUCCAAGGAGACACUGUCUGGACACAAGGACAAGGUGACAGCUGCCAAAUUCAAGCUAACGAGGCACCAGGCAGUGACUGGGAGCCGAGACCGGACCGUGAAGGAGUGGGACCUCGGCCGCGCCUACUGCUCCAGGACCAUCAACGUCCUUUCCUACUGUAAUGAUGUGGUGUGUGGGGACCAUAUCAUCAUUAGUGGCCACAAUGACCAGAAGAUCCGGUUCUGGGACAGCAGGGGGCCCCACUGCACCCAGGUCAUCCCUGUGCAGGGCCGUGUCACCUCCCUGAGCCUCAGCCAUGACCAGCUACAUCUACUCAGCUGUUCCAGAGAUGACACACUGAAGGUCAUCGACCUGCGUGUCAGCAAUAUCCGCCAGGUAUUCAGGGCUGAUGGCUUCAAGUGCGGUUCUGACUGGACCAAAGCUGUGUUCAGCCCGGACAGAAGCUAUGCCCUGGCAGGUUCCUGGGACGGAGCCCUUUACAUCUGGAACGUAGACACUGGGAAACUGGAGAGCAGCCUUCGGGGACCCCACUGUGCCGCCAUCAACGCUGUGGCCUGGUGCUAUUCCGGGAGCCACGUGGUGAGCGUGGACCAGGGCAGGAAGGUUGUGCUUUGGCACUAGGGCCACGGCUCCCCUGCCUGGGCUGGAGCUCCGGUCCGAAGCCUGAAGAACAGCUUCCCUUGAAGAACGGCGCCCCUUGGCUCCACAGGGCUCCAGAGCGGCGGGGCGGGGCUGGGAGUGAGGGUGGCCUUGGCAUUUAAUGGGGAAGAAGGCCUGGCAGGACCUGGCCUGUUGGUUUAAAAACAAAGUAUAGGUUGGGUGGAAUAUAGUACUUUUCGUUUGUUUUUUUUCUCUGUCUUUUCACUUUCUCUCCCCAAAGUA